CACCUGCCUGGUGGGGCGACCUCUUAUAAAAGAUGUUGGAGAACCCCCUACCAGUCAGAGACCGGCUCGCAGCCGAACCGUUUUCACGAUCGUCCAGUUACUCGUUCUUAAUUCAUUCUUCAAUCUUUCUUUCUUCAAUCGUCCGAUUCAUUUCAUCCGUUCGAAUAAUCACGUAACGAGAUAGAAAAAAAAACGUAGUGCCAUACGAGGAAGAGAGAGAAGUUGGUGUGUGAAAUAGUGCAGUGACAUUAUCACGCUAUCAAGGAUUAUUCUUAUAAUUUCUCGCAAUUUUUCCUUAUUUGGUCUUCUACUCAUGAACGCAUCGCGACAUAGUGUGAUAGAAGAAGUAAUUCGAGUUUACGUGCUACUCAACAAAUUGGAUUAACACUGACAGUGCCUUCGCGGUGUCGACUACCUGCGAAGAGCAAAACUAUUAUCUAUCAGUAAUCGUUGCUCUCGAAGGCCCAAAUAUGCUUAUAGAUGAGAUGCCUCGUAGCUUCGUCAAGAAAAACAACAGCUACAGUCACUGCCCGCUUAAGAAGCGGCCGGUGCACGUCUUGCUCAAUGAAGAUAUACCGAAGGUAAUCAAAGAAGAGAUCAUUGACGUGGUGGUGGACGAUAUUCCCGAGCCCGAAAAUUUGAGCACAAAACCGGAAGAUCUAAGUAGAAAUGCGGAACGUCAUUCGAAUCAACCGCAACAACAGCAACAACAACAGCAACAACAACAACAUCAUCAUCAUCAGCAGCAGCAGCAACAGCAGCAAUUGCAGCAGCAUCAGAUAUCGUCGGAACCGUUGACGCAUCAACGGGAGUAUCCGUCAAGGUCGCCGUCACCUCCGAUAAAACCACCUUCUCCCGUGAUCGCACCUAGGCCGGUCUCGCCAUCGGAACAUUUGCAUCCCCAUCAUCUUUAUCCGGUGCAUCAUCUCCAUCAUCACCAUCAUUAUCCCACAAAGGCAAUCACGCCGCCGGCCGGAAUCGCACCGAUCCAUCCUGUUGCAAAGAAGGCUCGCGUCGAAGUUAUACAGCAUGAAAGUUCCUCUUCGACUGUGGUACCGGCUACGACGACGACGGCGGCUACGGCUACGGCCGCAGUUUCUGCUAGUAGUACGGCACCGCUUCAUUUCAUGGCCAGUAAGGCGCCCUUGGAGCCAUUGAACCUGAACACUCCGGUCGAGCCGCUUGCUCAUUACGCGACACCGGCAUGGGCUCGUUCCGCGCCUCUUUAUCCACCUCACUAUCUGCCCUAUCCAGCGGCAUACAGAUAUCAUCCGGGCACGGAACUCUAUCCGUCCUAUCCGAUGCCAGCUUAUCCACAUUCCUCGCCUGAACAUCAUUCGUCGGUAUCGCCGCCUCCACACGCCGCUCUGACCUGUCCGACGAUCCAGAGACCGAUCGCCAGGAGCUACGCUCACUGGGCAAGUCCCGAUCACUGCGGUCUAUCGCCUACCAGUUCCUUGGGAUCGGGAUCCCUUAGGUCGCCUCCACCGGUCACUCCCGAAGACCUAUCUUCCCCGGGAAGCGACAGUGGUAGAUCUUCCGCCGGUAGUACAUCAGCAGGCCCAACGAUUGUGAACGCCAAGAUCGAGAAGAGCGCGACGAGUGGCUCCUCCACGUCGCUCUCUUCUUCCUCCUCCGCUACAUCGCCAAGAUAUCAGUGUCCAGAUUGUGGAAAAUCAUAUUCCACGUAUUCCGGAUUGUCGAAGCAUCAACAGUUUCACUGUGCCGCGGCGGAAGGUCAAACGAAAAAGUCCUUCUCCUGUAAAUACUGCGAGAAGGUUUACGUCAGCCUCGGUGCUCUCAAAAUGCACAUUCGAACGCACACGUUGCCAUGCAAGUGUCAUCUCUGCGGCAAGGCAUUCUCGAGGCCAUGGCUACUUCAAGGACACAUCAGGACUCACACCGGAGAGAAGCCGUUCAGUUGUCAGCACUGCAAUCGCGCGUUCGCCGACAGAAGCAAUCUCAGGGCUCAUCUACAAACUCACAGCGACGUUAAGAAGUACUCUUGCACGUCCUGCAGCAAAACGUUCAGUCGAAUGUCUCUGCUGACGAAGCAUCAGGAGGGCGGUUGCCCUGGUGUACCCGUUCCAAUAGGAUACGGUUGCUAAAGUGCCAUCGACAACGGAGGAAAUUUGGAGUGGACCGAGAGUUUCCUGCGUCUCACAAAAAGUGCGAUAGCACGCGACGCGUUAAAAAAAAAAGAAAAAGAAAAAAAAAAAGAAAAAAAAAAAAGAAAAAAAAAGCAAAAAAAAAGAACCGACGGAAAGACUCUUGCGCGCUCGUCCUUUUUUACAUUUUCUAUUUCUUCUGAAAGUGCCUUCUUUGGGAAAAACGCCGAAUCGAAAGACGAGUCAUCUAAAAAGUUAAUACGAAUGUAACUUUGCUUCGAUCAAGAUUCGAUUUCACGACUUGGAUUUUAAUCGAAGUCCCUAGAGACUUUAACGAGCGGUCGGCAAACGGUUUCGUGCCGUGUAGUAUUUCAACGAUCGUAGUUUUCCUUUCUCUAUUUCGUCCCUCUCUUUCUCUCUCUCUCUCUCUCUCUCUUUCCCUCUUUUUUGAUGCCUAAUCUUUGCAAUGCACUUGAAAAGCCGAAAUCGAUUGCCGAAAACGGCACGAUCCCACGUGUAUUUUUUGUAGUUCGAUUCGAGCGUAGUUUUCCCCUCGAAACUUCUUCGAUCGUCAUUCGUUGUGCGUUGUAAAUAUAUUCAAGAUGGGUGUAUGCGACGAGUGAGAGUAUUAUUACGAGUGCGUGUGUAAAAGAAUAAUCGGAGUUGCGCCCGUACGUAGGGUAGCGGCGUACGCUUGUUUCUCUUACGGAAUCCUGGCCAAAGCUCGCUUCUGCUUUGGCCACGAGAAAAAAAAAAGAAAAAAAAAAAAAAAAAAGACGGGAAGAAAGCGUUCAAAGUUACCGCUCGACGCGGUCCCGUGAAGUCGUCGUGCCAUUAUUUUUUCCUUUUCUAUAUCUUUCCACUUACUUUACAUUGUCUUUUCGUUUGUUCGAUCGGAUCUUCAGAGAUCACACGCGAUAAAAAAAUAAUCGACGAUUAAAGAAGCUUGGAAAAAAGACCGUGUCUCAUAUUUCUUUGCUUCGUCGAGAAGAACGCGUGCAUAAGCGGUGUUAUUAAUUUAUACGCGUAAAAUAAUAGUAUCUUAUUUUUUUUUUUUUUUUUGGUUUCGUCCUUAAGUAGCGCACCAAAGUGCCAUCGAUGAAAAGCCGUCGUUCCGCUGUAUAUAAUAAAGCGUUCAACGAUUAGUUCGUAAGACAACAAGAGGAAGAUGCAUAUCGAGUAUUAAAUAUCGUAUAUGCGUAAACGGAACGUUAAGGAUCAUUCAACGGCCGACGUCGGGCGGUGUCAGACGCCGUCGGCCUUUGAUCUUAUUUCCUUUUUUUUCUUUUUUUUUUUUUCUCCUUUUUGUUUGUUCAUCUCUUCUCUUCGUUUUGUAUUCUUACGUUUGUCCGAAGCCACACACAGCUCACUCAUAAGUUACUCGAAGAAACUAGUCAUUGUAUCAUAUAGUAUGUGUAACUAGAAGGAAGGAGAGCUAUUCGCCGUACGAGAGAAAACAAAAAUAGAAAGUUUCUCUUUCCAUCCGUAAAAGGUGAAAAGACGAAAGAGACCACGGUAUAUGCUUGAAAGACGAGUCGUCGUUUCGUUAAUCUUUGUGCCUGUAAUUAAUAGAGCGCGACUCGAGGCGAGUACCACUAUUUCUAGUUUUGUAAAGAAAAUAAACUACUAUCGAGAUAUAGAUAUUGGCUAUAUAUAGAGAUAUUUUAUACGAAAUAAAAUAAUAUGGAUUUUUAA